AUGCGACCGCAUUGGAGUUUCGUACUUGCGAGCGCUAGCGUUAUUUUACCAGGUGUCUCUGCUCUACUUCGCUUUUCGUGUUCCCAGCUUGUCGUUGAACGACUCGACCCCUUAGUCAACCCCGGCGUUGUCGGAUCACCACAUCUUCAUCAGGUUAUCGGCGGAAAUGCCUUUAAGCCAUCGAUGGAUCCAAAGAUUAUGGAUAUCCCCAGCACGGCUACUUGCACGACUUGCACCUUUGCCGAGGACUUUUCCAAUUAUUGGACUGCAGUCAUGUUCUUCCGCGCACGAAAUGGGACGUAUAAGCGUGUCCCGCAAAAGGGUAAUGUUUACUUUGAAGAGUCGAACGGCGGUGGUAUGACGAUUUACUACAUACCGAGUUACCAGAACACAACUGUUACCGCAUUCAAACCUGGAUUCCGGAUGAUUACUGGCAACCCUGCGAUACGCACCGAAGAAGAGGCAAUGAAAUUCCGCCAGCUCACAUAG